GGAAAGGAGAAUUUACUUGUGUCUAAUUUUACAAUGCCAGUUCCUCUUGCUCCAUAUCCAAUUCCUCCAGGCUCAUAUACUACUCCUGGCAAUGGUGCUCAAAGCCAGCUUGUAUGUUCGGGAUGUCGAAAUCUAUUACUCUAUCCGGUUGGAGCAACCUCAGUAUUUUGUGCUAUUUGCAAUGCAGUAAACGCUGUGCCACCUCCUGGCAGAGAAAUGGCCCAGAUGGUUUGUGGAGGUUGCCAUACAUUACUAAUGUACAUUCGGGGAGCCACAAGUGUUCAAUGUUCAUGUUGCCACACUGUCAAUCUGGCCCUGGAAGCAAAUCAGGGGGCACAUGUAAAUUGUGGGAACUUCAGGAUGCUACUAAUGUACCAGUAUGGAGCGCGAUCCGUAAAAUGUGCAGCCUGCAGUUUCGUCACAUCGAUUGGGAUCAGUUCACACUAUUUUGAUUCAUAA